AUGGAUAAAUUGAAAAUAUCGCAAAAAGUGACGCGGAUCGCGCUCACGCGGACGUACAACGCUUUCUUGAGCGAGACGAAAAAAGGAUCGCCGGACAUAACCUCGUUGCGAGUCAAUUUUGCAUUGAUUCGAGAAAAAGCGACGGAGCUCGGUGAAUUGAGCCAGAAGAUACAGGAGGCAAUGAUUGAAGCCGGAGAGACGGAAGAAGCUCUUUCUAGAGAAAUGGAAAGCGCUGAUGAAUAUAUGGCAAGAUAUCAUCACGCGAAGAUCGAGUUGACGCAACUAUCCGAGACAAGGGAAACAGCGAUGCAGGCAGCACAACCGCAGCCAUUCCCAACGGUCGUAUCGGCACAGGAAAACAUACGCGCACUGAAACUACCUAAGAUCGAAUUGAGGAAAUUCGGCGGUGAGAUUAAAGACUGGCUAGCGUUUUGGAGCACGUUCAAGAAAAUUCAUGACAAUGCGACCAAAGAUCUCUUGAUAGAAUUUUAUGUACGUGAGCUCUUGAAGUUGGUUCUGAGUAAGAAUAAAAACGUAUCGCUUAUGACAAUCUAUGAUAAACUUGAAACGCAUCUUCGUGCACUCGAAUCCUUGGAUGUAACUACGGAGAUGUGUGCGGCGAUGUUAUUCCCAUUAGUAGAAUCCUCGUUGCCGGAAGAAGUUUUACGGACAUGGCAGCGGACAGCGACCAUAUCAGCGGAUGUCCCUACAGUAAGUAUCACGGCUAAAGAUCGUCUCACGCACUUGAUGACUUUUCUAGGAAAAGAAGUGGAGAGUGAGGAACGCAUUCAUAUGGCUAAAACGUGCUUUGAUAUAAAUGAUGAUCCUGCAAAGAAUAAAAAUAAAAAGAAGUCGAAAAGUGACUUGGAUCGAGGUCAAGAUGUGGCUACAGCUGCUGGGUUACUCACGCUCAGGGAUACAAAUAUAUCUAAACGCUUGUUCUGCGAAGAAAGCCAUGACAGCUUGCACUGUGAGAAAGCUCGAAGUAUGCCCAUGGAUCAACGAGUCGAGGUUGUAAAAGGAAAACAUGGUUGUUUUAAAUGUCUGCGAUCUGGACAUAGUUAUAAGAAGUGUCGCAGCAAAGAAAAAUGUCCUUGGUGCAAAAGGGGGCACUGUUUGCUCAUGUGUAGAAAUCUUUCAAGUAAUAGUGAGCCGAAUCAAACUACGGGUAAAGAAUCAGUCAAGCAAACCUUUAAUGAAGAAAAUAGUUGUCUCACUAACGUAUCAUUGGAUGUCAAGGUAUUUCUGCCAAUGUUGAAGAUUAAGCUGCGAGGACCUAAGGGAGCUGUAGAUGUGCGAGCUGUUAUUGAUACGGGUUCACAUAAAUCAUACAUUUUGGGACAGGUAGCUGAAGAGCUAGGUUAUGACAUCGUGGGCGAACAAACGAUGGUGCAUUUGCUGUUUGGUGGAAUCAAGACCAAACCGCAAAAUCAUAAAGCUUGUCGGGUUUACGUGGAUUGUCUGGACGGAUCGUAUCAAUGCAAUUUUAUCGCUUUUAAAGAAGAGGUUAUUUGCCGCAACCCUCCUAAAACAAACAGCGCACCAUGGGCAGAUAUACUCAAGAAAAACCACAUACGACUAUGUGAUACCGGAGAAGGAGAAGAAUCUAUUACUUUGCUUAUUGGCGCUGACGUUGCUGGUAGGCUGUUCAACGAGAAAAUUAUUCAGCUGGAUAAUGGCGUGACCGCCAUAGAGACUAAACUCGGUUGGACUCUGCUAGGUAAAUUCUGGUUGAACAAAGGAAAGAAGAUGCUGCUCUGA